CUUUGAAGGAGAUGAAAUCGGCCUAUUUCGGUGGUAAAAGCUAAUUCACAUCAACUUAAACUUGUUCUUCUUCUUGUUAUACCUCCCGAUCUUAACCGCCAGCUGCAAAGUCGAUCAUUCCACUUUGAAGUUCUUCCGGAAAGGUUGAUAUUCCAACAAUUUAAACUUCAUUCGGGUUGGACAGGAAGUUGGGUUUUGGAAGGUUCCCUUCUUUGGCAGAUUACGUUCUUCGUUUGAACUGUCAUGUCAGGUACAAUCUCAUCCUACGUAGCAUUAGGUAUUUCUUGUGCGAUUAUUGGUUAUCAUCUAGGAUCGGGAUGGUCUUUACUGCAAUAUAAUCGUGACGCCAAAAGACGAUUACUGGAAGAUUCUGAAGACGAAGAAGACGACGAAGAUUUAACCGAUAAAGAUCGUGAGAAUAUGAACAAACUACGAGCAGGUUUAAUGGAAGAUUGCAAGCUUGUCUUGCUCGUUCGAAUGGAUUUAAAGAUGGAUAAAGGUAAAAUUGCAGCUCAAUGCGGUCAUGCAACUUUGGCAUGUUAUAAAACAAUGAUGCAAACCAAUCCUGCUUUGCUUAAAUCUUGGGAACGAUCAGGUCAAGCAAAAGUUGCACUAAAAUGCCCUACAGAAGAGGAUAUGUUGGCAUUGGAGAAAAAAGCAAAAUCAUUAAAUUUGUGUGCUAGAAGCAUUUUAGAUGCUGGAAGAACACAAAUUGCAGCCGGUAGUAGAACCGUUUUGGGUAUCGGACCUGGCCCUACCAAAUUGAUCGAUCAAGUGACAGGACACUUGAAGCUGCUUUAA